CGUUACAGUGGGAAAGUUCGGCUGCCCCGCGGUUGCCACCAUGGCAGCGGCUGGGGCCCCGGGAGGCGGCGUUGACAGUCCGGUGGCGACGGCAGUUGUUCAGUGAAUCACUGCAGUUGUUAAGUGAAUCAUGAAGUUGUUAAGCAAAUCUGGCUUCCCUCAUUGACUUUGCUUGUUGGAAGCUGGCUGAGAAGGUUAUGAAUGGCAGUGACAUGUCCCCAGGAUGCUACAAUUGUCAUAAACAUGCCAGUUGCCAAGUGCCUGAAUUUUGGUCAUGUGACCAUGAGGAUGCUGCAACGGUCGUAACCGACAGUUGAAGUACAUUAGUUUGGCAGUCUUGGUGGUGCAAAAUGCUUCUCUCAUCCUCAGCAUUCGCUAUGUGCGCACCUUGCCAGGAGACCGAUUUUUUGCUACCACAGCGGUGGUUAUGGCUGAAAUUCUUAAGGGAAUCACCUGCCUACUGCUCAUCUUUAUUCAGAAGCAAGGUAAUCUGAGACAGUUUGCUGCCUCUUUGUAUGAUUCCAUUUUGGUACAGUAUAUGGACACUCUCAAGCUAGCAGUGCCUUCUCUCAUUUACACCCUCCAAAACAAUCUGCAGUAUGUGGCCAUCUCCAAUCUGCCAGCAGCUACCUUCCAGGUCACCUACCAGCUGAAGAUCCUCACCACAGCUGUCUUCUCGGUGCUGAUGCUCCGCAAGAGCCUGUCCCGUCUUCAGUGGCUGUCCCUCCUGCUUCUUUUUGCCGGUGUAGCCAUUGUCCAGGUGGAGCAGCAGCAGGCAGGGGGCAAACCAGCCUACAAAGGCCAGGGGACGCAACAAAGCUACAUGGUGGGACUUGUGGCCGUGGUGGUGUCCUGCCUUUCGUCUGGCUUUGCUGGGGUCUAUUUUGAAAAGAUCCUCAAAGGCAGCACAGCCUCGGUUUGGCUACGUAACGUCCAACUGGGCAUCUUCGGGACCUUGCUGGGGCUGUUGGGGCUGUGGUCCACCGAGGGAGCAGCCGUAGCCCAGCAUGGAUUCUUCUUUGGCUACACCCCACUGGUGUGGGGAGUGAUCCUGAAUCAGGCCUUUGGUGGCCUCUUGGUGGCAGUGGUUGUGAAAUACGCCGACAACAUCCUCAAAGGCUUUGCCACCUCCUUCUCCAUUGUGGUGUCCACCGUGGCUUCUAUCUACCUCUUUGACUUUCACCUCAACCUACUCUUUGCUCUAGGAGCAGGCCUGGUCAUAGGGGCCGUCUAUCUGUACAGCUUGCCCAAGGGACCAUUGUCCAGUCGAUCCCUGGUGGGUGCAUCUAUCCAGCAGCAGUGCCAUGGAGCACAAAGCAAGGAACUUCCUUCCGUGACUACAGAUGGCUUCCUGUCCAAAUCUGGCUCAAGGAGCAAAAGGAGGAAGUACUAAAUAGGGUCUCAGCUAAAGAAAAAGGUUCUUAAAGCAGCAGAGAAGGUGCUACCGAAGACUUCAGCAACAUUUCAGCUGCGAUGCUUUUCUAGAUUAAUGAAAUCUUCUGCCUGCACUUACAAGAUGCAGAACAAUUCAAGGCACUGAGUGCACAGGAAAGACGGGACUAAUUUUCUCAGAUGUGCCUUUUGGUUGCCUGAUGCACUUUAUCAAACUAAACUUGGUCUCCCAUUAAGAUCUGCCUCACCUACAGAGCUGAACCAUAGGGACUCCAAUAGCAAUUAAUGGUUCAUUUACUGUAGAUCAGGGCUGAUACAUCACGCGCUGGCCACACCCACACCCAGUUUAGUGAAGGGGAAAAAAGUCACUGUACAUCACAACACGAGUUUGACACCCCUGAUUUAGAUGACCAGUUGUAUCUUCCCACAGGAGUAAAGGAGCUAUUAGAGGCAAUUUUUUUUUAAAUGAAGCAAUACCCUUAAUCGAUUGUCUCAGUAGCCUGGUGUGCAAUUUGAAUUCUAAGGUUUUUUCCUAGUGUUUGCCAAAUUCUGCCAGAAGUCUGUUACAAAUUGCAACGCCAAGGACCAACUUCAGGCCUGGACUUUAUUCUUUCUCCUUCCUUAAUUCUGUUUUGUUUACAAUGCAGCUGGGGUGGGGUGGGGGGGGAAGCAGCAAAUUUUGUAAGUUCAAACACUUGUGAUGUUAAUGCUAAUUACAGAAUGGUCCUCUGUGGCAGUAUGAAUGAAUUCAAAAAAGAAAAUAAUCAUGUGUGAACCACCCUUGGCCCCUGAUCCUUGUGAACUGAGAUUGAUUCCAAACCACCAUUCUGUUCUGAAUGACAGACAUCAUCAGAAGAGUUGUAACUUAUCUAAGGCUUUGACUUUGCUCCUGUUCCACUUGAGAAUCUGUAGCAGAGACUAACCCAGUCUAAAUUCCAUGGCUUCACUUUGCAUUGCUUUCUAUAGCUGAGCUGGCAAAAGUCUGGCCUGGGCAAAUCCAGACCUUGGAGACCCAAAAGAAGACAACAUAAUUGAUUUCUCCUUGCUUUCCAUUUCCGUUUCUCUUUGUACACUGAGCCUUUUCCUG